AAAAUAAAACCGGGAUACGACAACCAAACGGGAAGAUACGCAAAACAGCUGGCAGAAUACCACCGAACAAAGUUGUUCAGUUGCUUAUCACCUGUGUUUGAGUAAGGACCUCAUAAACACCGCUCCGUACCUCUGUAGCUGGCGGUCGGUGCCAGUGCGAUCAGUAUGCAGAUAAGGCAAGCGUUACUGACCGGCAUUAUUGCCUGUUUUAUUGUACUGAGUGCGCAGAUAUCUACUCCGGCGGACGAUUCUUACUGGGCAGGCGUUGUGGAGUUUAGCUACGAGGACAAGACCGUUGAAGAGCCUGAUGUCUAUGCAUCGAAACAUCUGGAAAAAUAUAUUCAGCUUAUUAAUUCUGCCGAAGCUGAUCCUGUAGAUAUAAUCGUCUUUCCGGAGUACGGUUUAAAUAACAUCGAAACUGCCUCCUUUGUACCUGAUCCAAGUGAACGGAUUGCCCCCUGUAAUAUCGCUUUAUAUGAAACUACGGUUCGUGAUCUGUCUUGCGUAGCGAGACAACGCCAGAAGUAUUUGGUGGUCAAUCUAGUAGAAAAAGCUCUCUGUCCGGAGGAUAACGACAGUCGGCCUUGCGCUCCGAAUGGAUUAAAUCGUUUCAAUACCAACGUUGUUUUCGACCGGAAUGGAUUCGUUAUCGCACGCUAUCGAAAAUAUAACCUUUUCGGAGAAAACGGAAUAAAUACAACACGUACGGCUGAUGUGGUCACAUUCGAGACGGAUUUCGGAGUUACUUUUGGAACGUUCAUUUGCUUCGAUUUAAUGUUCGACCAACCGGCUUUGCAGAUAGUUCGAAAUGGAGUUACUGACGUGAUAUUUUCCACGAUGUGGUUCUCGGAGUUGCCGUUCCUGACGGCAGUCCAAAUUCAGCAGGCGUGGGCCUUUAAGAACAACGUUAAUUUCCUAGCCUCUGGAGCAAGCUUUCCGGGGAUCGGUAGCACUGGCACAGGAGUUUUUGCCGGAAAACGCGGGCGAAUUGUGUCCGUUAUGAAUCAUCUUGCGGAUAUUAAACUGUACGUGGCAAAAGUUCCGAAGAUCGACCGACCGGAAGCUGUAUUGGUUAAGCAACCACAUGAAAAAUACACACCACUAGAAAUGACGGAUCUCAAACUGAAGCGGGACCAAAUUGAUGGGUACUAUUCAACGAGCCUUCCAAUGAUUGGUGACACUGACUUCCAGUCCAGUUUAUGCCAGAACCAACUUUGCUGUAAUUUCACCCUGAAUUACACCGUCCAGUAUGUACCUGGCGAUCAGCAAUAUUAUCGCUAUCGUUUGGCGGUACACGACGGCAUACGAACUUUCGACGGUUUCGCAGAUGGUGCCAUCACGGCUUGCGCCCUACUUGCUUGCACCAACGACUCUCUCAGUUCUUGCGCGACUCGAUUCGACAACCAGUCUGUGGUGGCCAAUGCCGUACAGUUUAAUUCGAUCCAAAUAGAUGGUGUUUUCCCGGGUGACGAGGAUGUUUUCCUACUCCCGAACAGUGUUGAUAUGAGCAUUCUACCCCUGGAGGUCGAAGAGACCGAAUACAGUGAGCGGUUGUAUACAGAGAAUUUUGUUGAGUACAAGCAGAUUCAGUACAAAUUGAUAAGUCCGCGCUCCGAUCUCCUAGCUUUUUCUAUUUGGGGUCGCAAUUUUAUCCAGGAACCGAACAGUGCCAAAACUCUGCUCCACAGUGGAAUAAUACAUCAUUCUGAUGAGUUGUAAAUGAUUUUCACCCGAGUGGAAUUUAUCAACUAAGAUAUUAUACCAUCACAAGAAGACUGUUGCAAUUGCAAAAAGUGGUUCUUUUUUGCAUAUAUUGAUUAAUAUUCUGUGUGUA